AUUAGACCUUGACAACUAGCGGGUUUAACAAAGGUGGCGUUAUACUUAUUGAAAUUAUAUGCCUUCAUAAUGUAUUUUAAAAAUCCUCGAUGAAUUGGGCCAAAGUCUUCAAGUUGGUUUCCAGCAAGCCAAAAGUCUUUCAGAGCUCAGUUGGUGAUCAUUUAAUAUGGAAAAUAAACGCAUCCUACUUUGCAAGCAAACCUGGAUCUAUAUCAAGUUCAGUUAAAACAACCGCGAGGUCGAAGCCAUCGUCUCUUGUUGGUAAACAUGCACCUAUUACUCUUACGAAGUCAGCCAUAGAUCGUAUCCAAGAACUUUUACAAAGAAAUCCGAAAGCUAUAGGACUACGUAUUGGAGUUAGAACUCGUGGUUGUAAUGGUCUGUCUUAUACCUUGGACUUUUGCUUCGACGGAAUCCAACCUGGAGAUGAAGUUGUGGAGCAGGACGGAGUUCGUAUUUUUAUUGAUCGUCGGGCGCAGCUGACGCUGUUGGGUACUGAAAUGGACUAUCAGCAAGAUAUAUUAUCCAGUCAGUUUGUUUUUAACAACCCUAACAUUAAGGGGACUUGCGGUUGCGGAGAAAGCUUUAGUGUAUAAAUUGUUUCUUUUGUGAUACGUUGAUAAUUUUGAUAUAGCGUGCAUAUAUAUAUAUAUAUAUGAC